AAGUGAGUAGCAAAUUAUUUUUUCCGUAAUUGUAUGUAUAUUAUAUGAACUUAAAGUAUGUGUAGUAUCAAUAUAAAUAUUUUAUAUAAAAUGAGAGAUGUAAAAUAGAAAUAUAAGGUUAAUUAUAUAUAUGUUCGGUUAUCUUCGGAUAUCCAUUCGGGUUCGGAUAUUAUCCGUUCGGGUUCGGAUAUCCAAUCUCUCCUUAUUUAAUAUCCAUUCGGGUAUUUUACUACUUUGGUUCGGAUUUCGGUUCGGGUUUUUCGGAUCGGGUUUGGGUGCCACUUCGGAUAUCGGGUAAAGUGCCCACCCCUAUUAUUAACAAAUGGAAUAAUGAAAAUCCAAUAAUGUAUGAAUAACAAAUUAUUUAUAUGAUAAAGAAUGUAUAAUAAAAUUCAUUGGCUGCUUGAAAGUUGAAUGGUAUACAUUUUAUACACUUGGCAUUUGUAAUGUUGACAAAAGAUAUUUCAAACUGCAUUUUACGUACAACUUACUUAUAUUAUAACAGAAUUAAGUUGGCAAUUAUGUGAUUGACACAUGUUUUUAGCAUUUUUAUUUAAAAAUUAUAAUUUUCAGAAAUUGUUUUAGUUGUUUAUUUUUUUUUAAUUAAUUACACAUAGGCUGUUAGGCGGUUGCAUACCCACAAUUCACGCCAUUUACUACUUUCACUAUCUUCAUUAUUAUUUUAUUGGGUUUUCUAAUCAUAUAUCUUCCACAAAAUAAUUACUAAAGAAUAGCACAACAAAAGGUGAGUCUUGAGACUACGAAGCCAGAGGAACUGAAAUGAAAGAAUUGGAAACAUAUUGGGCAACAUAUUCUCCUUGAAAGGACGACAAGUGUGAGUUAGUUUUUCUUUUAUUUUCUAAAUGAAAAGCAAGCUAUUUUGAACUUUAUUUUCAUCUACCAGUUUUGUUGAUAUUCAUUAUAUAUGUAUGGUUGGCGUCACAAAAUUGACAGGUAGAGGCAAUGAGAGGAACAAUAACAUGAGGAUGAACGAUCGUUUUCAUUUUACUUUUAAUCCGUUUCUCAUUCCAAUUCAUUUUGUAAAGCUUUAUCAUCAAUCAAAAAUCAAGCUUACGUAUACGAGUGGCAAAAUUUUCAGCGAAGAUCAAACCAGCAAAAAAAUCAUCUAAAGACUAGAUAGAAAAUUCACGAACGAAGGCUGGGUUGAAAAUAAGGAGUAGCAUCUCAAAACCCGGGUUCAUGAACUCUAAUGGCCUCUUUUGUGAGUUAUUACCUUUUCACUCCUAUAACUAUUCCUUAUUUCAGUUCAGAAAAAAAAACUAUUCAUUUUUACGUUUCAGUUUAUUCCGUGGAUCUCUACAACAAGUAUUUCUAAUACUAUUUAAAUAUUAUUUAUGAAAUCAUAUCAAGAAAUACAAGAGAAUCAAAAAUAAGAAGAAAUGUUAGUACGUAUAUGAGCAUACAUUCUUUGGUUAACGUGUUUAAUUGCAGAAUAUAAUAAUAAUGUAUUUAGUUGCUAUAAAUUUUAGACAUAUAUGUUUCUUACAAAUGUAUGCUUUUAUCUUAAAAUAUAUCUCUAACUAUUUAAUCAUACCUGAUAAAAUAUUUCUAAAAUACAAAUAUUUUAUAAUUAAACAGUCAUAAUAACUGGUGUUUCAAAAAAAAAACAGUCAUAAUAACAUUUUUUUUUUAACAAAAACAUGUACAUUUAUACCAUUCAUAUAAAAUAUCAAUAUGGAUUUGUAGUUUUGUCUGCUUAUGAUGAAUGGCAGUAUCAUACAAUAUGAAAUGGGGCUAAUGGAGUAGGCUAAUGUUUUAUAUUAUGAGCAAAGAAAAGUAAAUGUUGCUUAGUCAAACCAAGUUUGAAAAAUGGUAUGAAAACAUUAUUUUGUGUUCUUUGUUCUAUGUGUUGGAAGCUUCUUCAACAAAGUUGGUUUGGUAAUAAGACUUAUCCGCAGAGAAGAGACCAAACAAACAACUUGGCGUCUGUCCUGUCACGUCUUCGGGUUUCAACAAGGUCGUUUUUGACGACUAUAUUCUUUGUUUCUUGUAGGAAGUAGGUCCCAAACUCCACCUUAAAUUACUUAAAGAAUUAACGAGUUCUUCAACUUGAUUAUUCGUCACUGCGUCUUCUUCAAGUAACGAACAAGCGUAUAUGAUUUAACCCUCCAAGAACUUUAUUCCACUGCUAUUUUCACACAAGAAGUCUCGUAAGAUCUUUGAAACAGGAUCAUAAUACAAUGGACGGUAUAAUGGAAUCAGAGGAAGGACUCAAGGUGGAUUCACCUAACAGAACAGAAGCAGAGACCUCAAACUCAAAAACCCCUGAAGAAGAAGUUAAGACAGAGGCUGUUCUGAAAGAAGAGAAGAAAAAAACAGAUGAGAAGAAGAAGAAAGAAGAGGACGACGAGAAGACAAAAACGGUGCCGUUUUACAAGCUGUUUGCCUUUGCAGAUUCCUUUGACAUUAUUUUGAUGAUCCUCGGGACUAUUGGUGCUGUGGGAAACGGUCUUGGCUUCCCUAUCAUGACCAUCCUAUUCGGAGAUGUCAUUGAUGUGUUCGGACAGAACCAAAAUAGUUCAGAUGUUUCAGACAAGAUCGCCAAGGUUGCUCUGAAAUUUGUAUACCUUGGACUAGGAACUCUAGUGGCAGCCCUACUCCAGGUUUCUGGUUGGAUGAUCUCUGGGGAGAGACAAGCUGGGAGAAUAAGAAGUUUAUAUCUAAAAACCAUAUUGAGACAAGACAUUGCCUUCUUCGAUGUCGAAACAAACACAGGAGAAGUUGUUGGAAGAAUGUCUGGUGACACUGUCCUUAUACAAGACGCCAUGGGAGAGAAGGUUGGUAAGGCUAUACAGCUGAUAUCAACUUUUAUCGGUGGAUUUGUCAUAGCUUUCGCGGAAGGAUGGCUUCUUACAUUAGUCAUGGUAUCUUCAAUACCACUACUAGUAAUCUCUGGUGCAGCUCUAGCCAUCGUCAUUUCGAAAAUGGCUUCACGUGGACAAACUUCUUAUGCGAAAGCUGCGGUUGUAGUUGAGCAAACAGUUGGAUCCAUAAGAACCGUUGCAUCCUUUACAGGAGAGAAACAAGCUAUAAGCAGUUACAAUAAACAUCUCGUCUCUGCUUAUAGAGCAGGUGUGUUUGAAGGAGCUUCCACAGGGAUUGGUCUCGGUACACUCAACAUUGUCAUCUUUUGCACUUAUGCUUUAGCUGUUUGGUACGGUGGGAAGAUGAUACUGGAGAAAGGGUACACGGGAGGACAAGUUCUCAUCAUCAUCUUCGCGGUUCUAACCGGUUCCAUGUCGUUAGGACAAGCGUCUCCUUGUUUAAGCGCCUUCGCAGCUGGUCAAGCCGCUGCGUACAAAAUGUUCGAAACGAUCAAAAGAAAGCCGGAGAUUGAUGCUUCUGAUACGACCGGGAAGGUUCUUGAUGAUGUUAGAGGAGAUAUAGAGCUUAUAGAUGUUAACUUUAGCUACCCGGCGAGGCCAGAAGAGCAGAUUUUUCGCGGGUUUUCGCUCUCUAUCUCGAGUGGCUCCACGGUGGCGCUGGUUGGGCAGAGUGGGAGUGGGAAGUCUACUGUUGUGAGUUUGAUAGAGAGGUUUUAUGAUCCGCAGAGUGGUGAAGUGAGGAUCGAUGGUGUUAACCUUAAAGAGUUUAAGCUGAAAUGGAUCAGAAGCAAGAUAGGACUUGUGAGUCAAGAACCUGUUCUGUUCACUUCGAGUAUUAAAGAGAACAUUGCUUACGGGAAAGAAGACGCUACGGUUGAAGAGAUUCGUAAGGCUACAGAGCUUGCAAAUGCAUCUAAGUUCAUUGAUAAGCUUCCUCAGGGUUUAGACACGAUGGUUGGAGAACAUGGGACACAGCUUUCAGGUGGACAGAAACAGAGGAUCGCGGUGGCGAGAGCGAUCUUAAAAGAUCCAAGAAUCUUGCUUUUAGACGAAGCAACAAGCGCGCUUGAUGCAGAGUCUGAGAGAAUAGUUCAAGAAGCUCUUGACAGGAUCAUGGUUAACAGAACAACUGUUGUUGUCGCUCAUAGAUUGAGCACUGUGAGAAAUGCAGACAUGAUUGCUGUGAUUCAUCAAGGAAAGAUCGUUGAGAAAGGUUCUCACUCUGAGCUCCUAAGAGACCCUGAAGGAGCUUACUCUCAGCUCAUACGACUUCAAGAAGACAACAAAAAGUCUGAAGACUCGACAGAAGAGCAGAAGAUAUCAACGGAGUCUAUGAAACGGUCUAGCUUGAGAAAGUCAUCGCUAAGCCGGUCUUUAAGCAAAAGAUCACCUUCUUUCUCCAUGUUUGGUUUUCCAGCAGGCAUAGAGGCAACCAACGAAACCAAACCAGAGAUCAAGGAAGAUGAGACAGUACACAAGAAAGUAUCAUUCCUUAGAGUAGCUGCUUUAAACAAACCAGAGAUUCCAAUGCUUAUACUCGGAUCCAUAGCCGCUGUUCUAAACGGAGUGAUACUUCCCAUCUUUGGGAUACUAAUCUCAAGCGUGAUCAAAGCGUUUUUCAAACCACCUGAGCAGUUAAAAUCCGAUACAAGCUUUUGGGCACUCAUCUUCAUGCUUCUUGGUGUAGCUUCAAUGGUGGUGUACCCGGCGCAAACCAUCUUUUUCUCAAUAGCCGGAUGUAAACUGGUUCAGCGGAUAAGAUCGAUGUGUUUUGAGAAAGUGGUUCACAUGGAAGUUGGAUGGUUUGAUGAGACUGAGAACUCGAGUGGUGCUAUUGGAGCUAGGCUUUCUGCUGAUGCUGCUACGGUUCGCGGUCUUGUUGGAGAUGCAUUGGCUCAAACCGUACAGAAUCUUGCGUCUGUCACGGCUGGUGUGGUCAUUGCUUUUGUGGCGAGCUGGCAGUUAGCUUUCAUUGUUUUGGCGAUGCUUCCGUUGAUCGGGCUUAAUGGUUAUAUUUACAUGAAGUUCAUGGUUGGUUUCAGUGCAGAUGCAAAGAGAAUGUACGAAGAAGCGAGCCAAGUAGCGAACGAUGCGGUAGGGAGCAUAAGAACGGUUGCUUCAUUCUGUGCAGAGGAGAGAGUGAUGAAAAUGUAUAAGAAGAAAUGUGAAGGUCCUAUGAAGACAGGAAUACGUCAAGGCAUAGUUAGUGGUAUCGGCUUUGGAGUUUCUUUCUUCGUCCUCUUUGCUUCUUAUGCUGCCAGUUUCUAUGCCGGUGCAAGGCUUGUCGAUGACGGCAAAACAACCUUUGAUGCGGUUUUCAGGGUUUUCUUCGCUUUGACAAUGGCGGCUGUAGCUAUUUCUCAGUCGAGUUCACUGUCUCCUGAUUCAAGCAAAGCUAGCAAUGCCGCUGCAUCCAUCUUCGCGGUUAUAGACAGAGAAUCGAAGAUUGAUCCAAGUGAUGAGUCUGGGAGAGUUCUUGAUGAUGUCAAAGGAGAUAUUGAACUUCGUCAUGUUAGUUUCAAGUAUCCAUCAAGACCAGAUGUUCAGAUCUUCCAGGAUCUUUGUCUCUCUAUUCGAGCCGGAAAGACAAUAGCUUUGGUUGGAGAGAGUGGAAGUGGGAAAUCGACAGUGAUUGCUUUGCUGCAGAGGUUUUACGAUCCUGAUUCAGGUCAGAUCACUCUUGACGGAGUUGAGAUCAAGACCUUGCAGCUGAAAUGGCUAAGGCAGCAAACAGGGCUGGUGAGCCAAGAACCGGUUUUGUUCAAUGAAACCAUCAGAGCAAACAUUGCUUAUGGAAAAGGAGGAGAUGCUUCUGAAACUGAGAUCAUAUCUGCAGCUGAGCUAUCUAACGCUCAUGGCUUCAUUAGUGGUCUACAACAGGGCUAUGAUACAAUGGUGGGUGAGAGAGGAGUUCAACUAUCAGGAGGGCAGAAGCAGAGAGUGGCUAUAGCAAGAGCAAUUGUCAAAGACCCUAAGGUGCUGCUACUGGAUGAAGCAACAAGCGCUCUAGACGCUGAGUCAGAGCGUGUGGUCCAAGAUGCGUUGGACAGGGUUAUGGUUAACAGAACAACCGUGGUGGUGGCACAUCGGUUAUCAACAAUCAAGAACGCAGAUGUAAUUGCAGUGGUUAAGAAUGGAGUAAUAGUUGAGAAAGGAAAGCAUGACACUUUGAUUAAUAUCAAAGAUGGUGUCUACGCUUCUUUAGUACAGCUUCAUCUAAGUGCUUCUACUUAAAACAUUUAUAUAGAUUAUUACCAUUUGUGAGUAAUAUACAGCGGAAAUGAAAUUUUCAAUUUAUAGGUUCA